AUGACAAUAUUCACGUGCAUAUUCAAUUACUAUUAUUAUACUUCGUAUUUGAAACAUGAAAUAUCGAUUCAAAUUCUUCAAACUAAUAAUCACUCAAGGAGGAAUUCCUCUGCUAUUUCAACUCAAAAUUUUUCAAAAGAAUUAACCGAUUUUGAUCUUGUUCUACCGCAUUGCAAAAUAAUAAAAUUGAAUUCUUCUAAGAAUGAUAUAGAUUAUUCGGAAAAAGAUGAACUAAAUAUGCAAUUAGACUGCGUACCAGGCAAGACGGUUCCUUUGACUUAUAUUGACUCGGAUAGAAAGCAGGAAAGAUCGGAAAAUGAACACGUUUUUUCUACAUUUAAUAUAUUAGUAAAUUCGACGGCUUUAAGGCUUCAUUACGGUGGCGACGAUAAUUUUAAAAAUUGCAAAUACCAACGAAUUUUGAGGGAUAUCAAGUCGGGCAAUCCAGAUGAUAGUGUCACUCUCACGAAAUCGAUCAAGUUUAAAUAUGACAUUACGGUCGAUGUAAAUUCGACUCAUUUUAAAAAACCUGACGAUGUCAAUCAGAAUUUCGAUAUAUUUAUACGAGUCAGAUGUUUCGAUAAUGGCAAGUCAGUAAUUUAUCGAAAUGUUCAUACGGUUGUCCGAGAAUCUGUGUCUCAUUACAUCAAGUCACAACCAUCUCACAAAAAUGGUAAAGAAGUAUCAAUGCCCAAGUUUAAUGUACUACUUAUGGGGAUAGAAUCAACAUCAAAUAAGAAUUUCGAGAGAAGUUUGCUCAAAACUUACGAAUACUUGAAACGUGGAAGAAAAAAUGUCUUCACUUUCAACGGAUACGCCAAGAUAGGAGAAAAUACGUUCCCAAAUUUGAACGCGCUGCUAACCGGAAAGUAUAUAUGGGAAAUUCCGAAUCAUGAGAAUACCUAUUUCGAUAAUAUCAGUUUGAUAUGGCGUGAAUACGAAAAACACGGUUAUUCCAGCAUUUACCUAGAGGAUGAACCUUAUAUGUCAACAUACAAUAUGUACGACGGAUUUUAUCGGUCGCCUUCUCAAUUCUAUUUCAGACCAUUUACGCUGCAAUUGGAAAAGACGAUGCGCAGUCUAUCCUCUAAGGAUUAUUGUUGUGUGUAUGGCAGAAAUGAGGUUGAAAUGUUGUUGGAUUAUUCAAAUGAGUUGAUUCGGGAAAUGGAACAAUCAAACCAACCUUAUUUUAAUUUUAACUUUAUAACUCGAUAUACUCACUCGCAACUACAGGGAUUAGAUGACGUGGAUGAACUUUUAUUUGAUUAUUUUAAGGAUCUGAUAGAAAGUCAAGGCUUAAAUAAUACAUUUAUCUUCCUAUUCGGGGAUCACGGUUUAAGAUUUGGGUCAUUUCGACAGACUUUAAAUGGUUUAUAUGCGUUUCAUAUUAAAAUAAUUUUAUUUUUAAUAUCAUUAUUUAAUCUAAUAUCGUCAACAGGUAUGUUCGAAGACCGAAUGCCUUUUCUUCUAGCAAUCCCGCCCGAUGACUUCUUUACCCAAUACAAUCAAGACGAGACCAUAUUCGAAGCCAACACUCGGAGUUUAAUAACCCCUUUCGAUUUCCAUAAAACAUUGCUCCAUUUGCUUGAGAUUACGAACAUUGAACGAGGUUCUUUGGUCGUAACCGAUAAUCCUGGAGAUUAUUACACAUUAUACCCCAGUGAUAUAGGUAAUAACAGGGGUCUAAGUUUGCUACAGCUCAUACCAAAAGAUCGGACUUGCGAAUCGGCUAAUAUACCCACUCGUUAUUGUCCGUGUAAUUGGAUAAAACCAGAUUCUUCUUCACAAUUCUUCAAAAAAGCUUCCUUGGAUGAAGAUCAACUUGCAUUGGGUCUAUCUAAGCUCAUCGUAUAUGGCGUCGAUUUAAUACUUAAGAAGAUCAAAGAAGAUAUCUUAUCAAAUUAUAGUCGUAUUUGUUUAAUGGAUGAAUUGAAACUGCAUACUAUAAUGAAUGCCAUUUUGGUAGCAAACGACCAAACUAGUAUCCAAGAUUUUCAAAUGCUCUCCAUGUUACAUUUAAAUACUAAUAUCACUAAAACGGGAAAUGUUAGAAUCAAUAAAAUUCUACUAACCAGAAUAUUCGGUUUGCUAAAAGGGUUCAUAUUGGUAUUCAAAGUUGUCGUCAAUGAAGCUGUAUUUGAAACGACAUUAGUUUUCGACAAGCAAAACGCCUCCAGAAUUUUUAAAGACGCCGAAAUAUAUUCGUUGGAUUAUUACGAGACCCAUUCACAUUGCAUGAAAAUUCAUGAAUUAAAAAAAUUUUGCCACUGUAGAUCUUAA